CCGCGUCAAGCGACGUCUCUGAACCCGUCUCCUGAAACGAAACCCACAGAAAACCCAGCACUCCCCGCCUAUAAAACAACGGAGCGUCUCGCUCACCCGUCCGGGCUAGCUUACCACCGAAAGCCAACCACCAUUCCGAUCUCCUCCAGCGAAAGCCCCGCAGCAGCGCUUGGCGUUCGCGUCGUCGUGCAAGCCAUAGCCGCCAGAGUCACCGGAAGAUGGAGGGGCUCAUCCCGUUCAUCUACAGGGCCAUCAAGGAGCGCCGGACGCGGAGCUACUCGCGGUGCAGCUCCACGGGCUCGGCGCACGCCGGCCGGUUCGGGGCCCGCGUCGAGGACAGCGAGCAGUGGGAGGCCGCCGCCCCGCGCGGCGGCGGCGGGGGCAAGGUUUCCGCGGAGAGCGGGAUGGCGCACCGCCGGCACCGGUCGCUGGAGGAGCUGGCAGGGGAGGUGGGAGCCUCGCCGGCGUGGCGGCAGCCCGGCGCGCUGCCGAGGGGCCGGAGCGUCAGGAUCUUCUCCUGCAUCGGCGGUAUGUGAGGACCGGUCGGUGCACGCACGCCCGCGCGCGGCUCCGUGCCUAGCUUACUGCAGGCCUGCAUCGGCAGGAGCCGGCCGGUGGGCUUGGGUUCGUGCAGGAUGCAGGAAUUUGCUCGUGUUUUUGCUUAGUUCUCGAGGUGGUAGUAAGGAGUAAUUGUGCAGUGACUCGUACCAUGUUAUCCAACUAAAUUGUACAUACGCCUGGAUUUGCGAAGAUGCAAAUGAUGGUUUACAUAUUCUUGUUUCUUUCUUUCUUUCUUAUGCGACGACGAAUCUCUGUAUGUUUUUUCGUUGAAGGUGUAUGCAGGGAAUUGUGAAAUGAAAUUUUUAGCUGCAUAGAAUUCA